AUGUUAAAGAAAAGUAUUCGUGAACCUCGUUAUUUGGAACAAAAGUCUCGUCUUCAAAAAUGUGGAAUAAACAAUAUAGUUUUAAUUGUGGAAGGAUCAACAAAUGUUUGUGACCGUUCUCUUGAACAAGCAAUUAUUUCAACUUGUGUAGACAACGAUUUUUUGGUUCACCGAACUUUGAAUAAACAAGGAACGGCCAAAUUUCUUCAAUUUUUAACAAAACGAUUAGAAGAGAAAUGCUGUAAAGAAGAGAUAAUCGGCCCUUCAUUCGAAACUCUUCAAGAAAAAUCUAAAAAACCCAAACCAAUCUCAAUUUCUGAUUGUUGGCUACGUCAAUUAACAGUCUGCCCAGGAAUGAGUUUGGAAAAGGCUAAAUUAAUUCAACAACGAUUCCCCACAUUUGGUUCACUUAUUAAAUUUUAUAAAGACGAGGGGGAUAUAAAUGAAGAAAUUCCAACAUUGCCUGAAUCUAUAACGAAGACAUUAAAUGUUUUUAUGAAGAAUGCAUUAAAAAAUGAUGAUUUUUAA